GUAUGUUGCUGUUGUGACUGCUGCUGGCUGCUGGCAAACAGCAGACACGGUGUCAGCCUCCGCUCAGUUCCGUUUGGUACUUUGCUGUGCGCGUUGUUUCGAAUUCGUGUUGUGCUGUGUGGCGUUGAGGCAACCAACAGCCGUCGCUGUCGCAGUUGGAAAAAGACACCAACCACAACGCACGUGUGACGCGCACCAAGUGAGACGAGUUACAGUUCGAAAAAUAUAUAUAAUACAUACAUAUGUAUGUGUACACUUAGCGGGACGCAGCAACAAAAAAGUGGCAAUUACAGAGGUGAAUUAGUAAUUAAAGCGAAGCAAGAAAUAAAAGACGAAAUUUUAAUGAAAAACCAAGAAACGGCUGCGAAAAGUGACUGUUUUAAUAAACACUGUUAUGAGUUAACAGUUCUCCAGUGCAAUUAAAAAACAAAAAACUCUUAAGUAAAUAUGACAAGAAAAAACUGAAGUGAAUUCUAAAUACCAAAACACAACUUAGAUAGAACACUCCAAUAAAAUAGUAAACAAACGCGUAGUGCUAAAAAAACACAAAAACCAACAACACGCUUAAACAGUAACACGCGCAACAAAUUUGCCGUCGGCAAAAAUGCAAGCAACGAAAAUGCGCACCCCCUUCGCCAUACAGGAGAUACUCGGCUUGGGUGUAGGCUCGGCAGCUGCGGCUGCUGCCGCCAACUAUCAGCAGGCGCAGCAACUUAGUCAACAGCAGCAGCAGCAACAACAGCUGCAGCACAGUCAGCAGCAGCAACAACCAUUGCAACUGCAACAACAACAAUCACCUACUUCACAAACUCAGCAACCGCAACAGCAGCAGCGGCAUAGCAGCACUACAACAAACUGCACACCGCCACCACCCGCCGCUACACCCACCGCCACCGAAUGCAAUAAUGCACCACUCUCACCUGCCUCCUCGCACGGUCGCCCGACACGCGAUUCCCGUUCCAUAUCGCCCGAUGUGACGCGUCUGUCCGCGGCGGCUGCUGCGGCUGCCGCUACCGCGCACUGUCAACUGCCUAUUUUCAAUCCAGCGAACUUUUAUGCAGCAGCCGGUUAUGCAGACCAUGCGGGGCAGCUGAAUGCGGCACAUCAUCAUCACAUGACGACGUUGGCAGCAGCGGCGUACUUGCGUGGCUUUUUGCCGCCGGGCUUCAGCACGCCGCAUGAGUUUCGCGGACACUUUCAGCAGCAUUUUGGCAGCCAAUUUGCGGAACAAGCCGCACGUGGUGCCCAAGACUACACAAAUAGCCUAAACAAUAAUAAUAACAACAACAACGAUGAAGCACACUCGCCCAAUAAAGCGCACUCAAGCAACGGUUCUAACGGCAGCAGCAUCUCACAUAUGUCCACAACGAAUGGCAGCAGCCUAACGAGCAGCGGCAGUGCCACAUCCUCCAACAAUAUUGGCGCUACGAAUAACAACGGCGGCAACAACAAUAACACUUCACCAGCAACACGGCCUACGCUUUCACCCGCUGAACAUGCGGCUGCCGCUUUGGCGCAUCAUGCUGCCGCAGCUGCUGCAGCACAUCAUGCACACUCACAUCAUCAACAUGGCCACCAUCAUGCGCAUCAUGCACACACGCACGCCCAUCAUGGCCAUCAUCCGCACCAUGCACACCACCAUCCCCAUGCGCAUCAUCCGCACGCUCAUCAUCCGCAUGCCGGCGCCACACAUGAGGCAUUCCUUAAUGGCGCUGCGGCGGCGGCGGCGGCAGCAGCUGCCAUCGGUAGCGGCAUGGCCGGUGCCGGAAGUGUUGUGGGCGCACCUAAUGGCCUGCUCGGACACGGUGGGGAUCCUAGCGCGUUGCUGGGCGGUGCCGGUCCCGGUGGCGUAGGCGGUUUAAGCAGUAAAAAGAAGAAUAAACGACGACAUGGCCGUACAAUAUUUACGAGCAAUCAAUUGGAGGAGCUGGAGAAGGCUUUCAAGGAGGCACACUAUCCGGAUGUGAGCGCACGUGAGCUGCUCUCGAUGAAGACAGGCCUGGCUGAGGAUCGCAUACAGGUUUGGUUCCAAAAUCGUCGCGCUAAAUGGCGUAAAACGGAGAAAUGUUGGGGCCAUAGCACAAAAAUGGCCGAAUAUGGUCUCUACGGUGCCAUGGUGCGACACUCGCUGCCACUACCCGAAACUAUACUGAAAUCAGCUAAAGAUGACGAGUCGGUGGCACCCUGGCUACUCGGCAUGCAUAAGAAAUCACUCGAAGCCGCCGAUAUACUGAAAUCGGAUGAAAGUGAUCGCGAAACACCGACCUCAGACGACACGAAUACCUCCUACUCCGCUGGCAGUACACACAAUUCACCGAUCUCUUCGUUCUCCAUAUCACGUUUACUCUUCGACGCACCAUCCAAACACAAGCGACAUCAUGAUGUGGGGAGCAGCGGUGUUAUGGGUGGCGGCAUGGAUCUAGCUAACGGCGCUAUGAGUGGUUUGGCUGAGCAAGCACAUGCACAGGCGCACGCACAUGUUAUGCAACAUCAUCCCUACAAUCAACAACAACAUUUGCAACAUGUACAACAUCUGCAGCAAUUACAUCAACAACAAUUGGCCGAACAGCAUGCUGAAGCGCAACGUCGACAACAAGCAGCACACCAACAUCAACAACAAUUGUUGGCGGCGGAAGCGGAAAUGCAACGCAGGCGACAGGAGGCGCAUGAACAGCGUGAACGCGAACGUGAGGCCGAGGCGGAUGAGGAACCGAUGUGUGAUGAUGAUGACGAUGAAUGUGAUAGAGAAGAGAUUGACAUCUGUGACGAUGUGGACGAUGAUAAGGAUAUGAAAAUGUUAUUGAGCGCUGAGAAUGCGGCGAAGCGGAUCAAGCAGGAGAGCAGCGUGUCAAUGGCUUUGGAGAGCAGAUGAAAUAUGUGUAUUGAUGUGUUAUUGUAAGAGGGGUGUAGUGUACAAGGCGAAAUUUUUUAACUCAAGCAUGGUGUUAUAAGAAUACUGGAAGAAAAGUGAAAUUUUGAAGUAAAUUGGCCAACAUGCGCAGCUUUUCGUUAAACCCACGCUUGUUUCAUGGUUUUUUAUGCACCUAAAUUGAAGAGAUUAGGGAGAAAGUCAAGUAAAGAGCGCACAAUAUGAGCAUUUGAAAGUAAUUAUAGUUUUUCUUAUAUAUAUGCUGUUGAGAAAAUAUAAUUAUUUGUAAAAUUGUUUGUAAAGUAGAAAUUUAGAGCUUCAGGGAAAUAUGUGCAAGUAUAAAGCUGGUCAAAAGUCAUAAAUUUGUAACAAAAAAAUAGUUAAAAACGAUAUUUACAAAUAAAGUUAAAGUUAAAGAUUACACAACAAAAUUAUAUCUAAAAAAAUUUUCACAUUGUCUUUCAAAAUCUGCGUCAAUACUUUUAUUAUUGCCUAGACAAUACUUAGAUUGCUGACAAUUCAGAUCAAUAACGGCUUAACAAAAUUUAAUUAAAUCGAAUAAAAACUUAGGUUCACAAUUAAAUUCUUAAAACUUUCGUUUUUCCAUUAAAAUCAGCUUUAAUGCACUGCGCUUGCUGAUUUAUAAAUAUUGCAUUUAAUUCACAUGUGCACUGGCCUAAGCAAAUAACUAUCGAUUUUAUUUCGAUUGUUAAAACUCACCGCACAAAAAAUACGCAAUGUAAACACUAUUUUUUCUAAUAAGUGCACAUUAAAAUAUUAUAAUUUUAAAUAUAUAACAAACAACGAAGCUUUUACCACAGAAAAAUUCGCAGCUGACCGAAAAAAUCUCACAUUUAAUAUUGUAUUUAAUAGAAACAAUUGACACUACAUGCAGCGACAUGAUCAAUAAAUUCACACGAAUAUAAACAAUGUUUGUAUGUUAACAGUAGUUUUGAGCAUUUACUGCCACUGUCAAUAUUGCAAAGAUAUAUGUAUGUAUAUGUUAGUAUGUGAGAAGCGGUAAAAAUGCAUUUGAAGCACAAAUUAUACAUUAAAUAUAUUUAAAUGAAAGCAAAAUCAAAGAAAUUAUAAAUAUCUAAUGAAAUAAAAAAGAAAAGGUAUAAACUACAGUAAGCAACAAAUACACUAUUUCUACUUUGAAGCACAUGAUUUGAAAUUCGAUUUAAAUUAUUAUAAAAUAUAAACAUGUAUAGCAUAAAAUGUAGUUUUUAGGUGUAAGCAAUUUUCAUUGUGAUUUAAUUUAGUAAUUUUUAGUUUUAUUUUACGUUCGUACCCAGUGUUGUAUGUACAUAAAUAUAUAAAUAAUAAUUUAAAAUCGAAAAUUACUUAAUUCAUAUUAAGGGAGUUCUUACUUUAAGCUUUGCAAGUCCGAAAGUGUUCUUUGAUUACUAACUGCUAGAUGUAAUAUAAAUUUUAUAAAAGCAAAUGCUAACCAAAUAACACGAAAUAAAACUUAAAUUGAAAUAAAACCAAAAACAAUAAUAAAAUAAUAAAAAAUAUAUUAAAGUUUAAAUAAAAUAAAAAUGUAUUUAAUAUAAAAAUAAAAAAGAGCAAUAAUGAUGAAAAUAAAAAAUAAAAACAUAUAUACUAUUAAUAAUGCAAAAAUCAAUAAGUAAUAAUAGAAAAUAAAAGAUUUUAAAAAGAAAGUAGUUUAAUAACUAUUAUAAUAU